AUGGCGCCGCGGCACCGGCUGGAGCGCAGCACGGAUGCGUGGACGUGCAAAUCGUGCAAGGACCACGACGGGAAGCCGUUCAGGAACAAGGGUUUCCGCACGUCGUGCUUCAAGUGCAACUUGGCCAAGGGCGUGGUGUUCUUGGCGAAGGUCGCGCCGCCCUCGCCAUCAGCCUCUGCUGGUGCCCAGGCGGCUGCACUGCGGGAGCGCGAGCUUGAGGGCAAGGAGGCCGAGCUCAAGAGGCGUGAGGCGGCCGUGGCAAAGGCCGAAGGUUCGAUGGCUGCUGGGGCGGCUGAUGCGGGUACGGCACCUCAGCAGGACCAGGCCAAGAUCGCCAAGCUGCGCGCCGACCUGGAGGCAUUGGAGGCCAUGGAGGACUCCCCAGCCAUGGACGCCCUGCGCGCAGAGAAGCGCGGCCAGCUCCAGAACAUGCAGGCCGCCAAGUCUGCCGCGAAGCCCUACCAUGUCCAAGUCCGGGAGCUGGACGAGAAGAUCAAGCGGAAGGACAAGGUGGUGGACCGGUUGGAGUCGGUCGCCAUCCCAGCGGCUGAGAAGACGGUCGCCUCGCUGCGCACCGAGUACGACACGGCCAGGCAGGAGCGAGCGGAGUUGCAGAAGCAGCGGGACGCGCUCGUCCUGGCCUCCGUGCCCGGUGCGCUGCCCAAGGCGGGCGCCUCUGCGUUGGACCGUGCCGCAGCCUUCCGCACCCUGGUCGAGCCUCUCCAGAGCCUGCUGGAAGGCCCAUCCGGAGAGCAGUGGAAGGCCUGCCUCAAGACCAUGGAGGAGCUGGCCGAGAAAGACAUGGCGGAAGCAGGCUCUGCAGCCCGCGUCGCCGAUGCCGUCCCCCCUGCGGCGGGGGCAGCCGCAGAUCCGGCGCGAGGCGGCGAGCAACCGGGCGGAGAGCCGGGCGAGGAAGAGGACGCUGACAUGCCCGAGGCGGAGGUCGAGGCCCUCCUGGAUCAGGUGUUGGGCCGUGGUGGCGAUGCUCCUGGUCCUGCACCUGCUGCAGAGGGCGGCACCCCAGGAGAUGGCGCCGCCGCAGCCCGCGUCACCCGGGAGGGCGCCACCAAAGCGCUGCAAGCUGCCUUCCGGAAGCACGUGGACAAGGGGGUUGUCACGGUGGCAAUGUUCAACGGCAAUGCGUGGAGCGGCAUUGGCGACUAUAUCGAGAGCGUGGGCAAACGCGUCCUCGCGGUGUGCGCGGCGGAGCACAAGCUGGAAGACUUUGAUGCUGCAGCCCCACGGCGGUGGCUCGUUGCACAGGGUUGGCACUCCAGCUUUGCGCUGGCGACGCGAUCCCAGGAAGGGCGAGACAAGCGGUUCGCCUCCGCAGGCGUGCUGGUGGCCGUGCGCUCUCACGUGCGAUCCGAGGUGGUGGCCCACUGGGAUGUUGAGGACAUCUCCCCUGCUGGGCUGCCAGGCCGCCUCACGGCGAGGUGGCUCAACCUGUGGUCCGGAGUCGUCGUCAUGGCGGCUUACUUUGUCGACUCCGUGGGCUGGGACGCUCAGAACAUGCUGUUGGCGCACGCCUUCGCGGAGAGGGCAGCCGCGCUGCGGGCUCUUGGGAUGCCCUGGAUCUUGGCCAUGGAUGCCAACAUGGACCCAGAGGAGUUUGCCGCCUGCCCGGUUCUGCAGCCGCUGCGGGCCCACAUCGUUGCGCCGCGUGCUGGCACAUGCCGUUCCGGCGAGACGUGGACCACGCUCGACUACUUCAUGGUCGACUCCUGGGUGAAGGAGCAGGUGCUUGGCGUGGAGGUGGCGGCGACGUGGCCCUCAGCCCCCCACAAACCUGUCGAGCUGCGGAUGCGGGGGCGGCCGGUGACCAUGGUGGUCCGGGAGCCGCGGGCGCCCGCGCCGCUCCCGCUGGAGGCGCCCGUCGGGUGCGCGCGGGAGCCUCCGCCCCGACUCCCGAUUUCAGGCGAGGCCGGGAAUCAGCUGGAGGUCGACAAGGCCUACGCUGCAGUGAUUGGUCAGGUCGAGCAGGAGAUUUUGGGGCUGCACGAUCUGGUGGGCGCUGACGCGCGACGGUAUGAGGGGCGGGGCCAGCCGCUGGGUUUCCGGGAGAGGCCCGUGCGCGGGGUCCGACAGCUUCCGGCCAGACAGUCCAGGGCGACAUACCACCUGCGAGCGCUCAGCACCAUGAUAUCGGAACUUUGGCACGUGGGAGCUGCUCUUGACCCGAAGGGCGACCGCCCGCAACGGCGGCAGCGGAUGGCAGACCUGCUGCAUGCUAUCACGAGGCGGGCACGAUGGGUCCAGAUGGACGUGGAGGCUGGCCGCAUCCUCGACGAGUUGCGGCUGCGGCUGGAGGCGUGGGCCGCUUACUGCCGGGCCAUCGCCGGGGCCAUCAAGACUGGGCCUGGGCCCGGGCCGCCUGCCCAGUCCCUGGUUGGGCGCGCGACGUGGCCAUCGCUGGCCCGUGGUCGUGCCACUUUGGACACCGACGCCGAGAAGUCGGCGCGCGCCGAUGCUGCUGCCGUGCUCGCCGGCGUACGGCAGAGGUAUGCGGCUGCCUCGGCAGGAAACGCGGGCGCCCUGCACGGACUCACUCGCCCACUGCCGCGUUGGCAGUCGCCGACCAGCGGGAAUUGCAGCGCGCCGUGCUCUCCUCAGGCCGUCUGCGCAGCGGAGUUGGACGCGUGGUCCCAGGUGUGGCAGGCGAACGUGGCGGAGGUGCAGGAGAUCUCGCGCGAGUGGCUGGCGGGGGCAGAGCGAGAUGAGCCGCUACUGGCCAUCGCCGUUCCCGAUCUGCUGAGCGCCGCGGCCAAGUUCAAGGUGAAGACGGGGCUGGGCGUCGCGCGCUGGAACCCCCGCGCCUUGGGGCAGUGCAGCCUGGGCUGUCACAAGGACAUGGUCACCCUCCUGCACAAGGUGGAGGCCUCCCUCAUGUGGCCGAGCCAGGUGUCCCUGCUGGUGUACCUCCUCAUCCCGAAACCCGAUUCCGGCAAGCGGCCGAUCGCGAAGAUGCCCAUGCUGGUGCGCCUUUGGGAAGCCGUCCGGUUUCCGCUCGUGCAGACGUGGCUGCGCACGGUGGAGCGCGACUACGAUUGGGCUCGCCGGGGCGGCUCCUCCGAGAAGGCAGUGUGGCGGCACCUAGUGGAGGAGGAGGGCAUGGCGUUGGGGGAGGGCCCCGACGGCCAGGCAGUGGCCACGGUCUUGCUUGACCUGGUGAAGUGCUUCGAGAAGGUCCAGCUCCGGCACGUGUGGCGGCGGGGUCAACGCUGGGGCUUCCCCCCGCGCGUGCUCCGCCUGAUUCUCGCCAGUUACUCCCUCGCCAGGGCGCUCCUGGUGGACGGCUGUCAUAGCGAGUGCGUCGCCGUGGUGUCCGCCAUCGUGCCCGGCAGCCGUUUCGCGCUGGCCGUCCUGCACCUGGUCCUGCUGGAGCCCUGCGACUUGCUGCGGGAGCGGUGGCACGAGGUGAGCUUAGCCAAGUAUGUCGACGACAUGGGGCUGGCUUGCUAUGGCGUGGCGCGCGAGGUGGAGACGGCCACGCGCGAGUCGGCGAGCUGGCUGAUCGCGUACCUCUGGGAUGAGCUCCAGAUUGAGGUCAGCCUCACUUUGCCCGGCGUCAAAGGGAAGAGCAAGUGUCUUGCCACGUCCCAGUGGCUGUCCAAGAAGCUCGGGCGCAGCAUGGCCUGGCUCGGCGUGCGCCUGCAGCAGACGGCGAAUCAGCUGGGCAUCGACAGGCGCGGCUGGGCGUCUGGCCGGCGGCCCCCGCCUACGGCAGUGCGCAAGGAGCGUUUUGCGCGCAUGGCCAAGCGCCGGGCGCUCGUGGCAGGAGCGAAACGGUGGGGCGGGAAGGUGUACAAGGUGACCAAGGCGGGCCUUAAGCCUUCCGUGACGUAUGGCUACCGCGCCUUGGGCCUGAAGCCUUUGGAGGUGCACGCGCUGCGGGCCGCCCUCAAUGUCGGCCUCCCCGGCCGCCAUCGGCACUGGUCCACUACGCUGCGGUUGGCGAUCUUCGGCCAGGAGCCGUGGCCAGAGUGCGAUGCUGCCCCGCUGGCAGCCUGGGCCGAGCAGGUUUGGAAUGGCACCACGCCGGAGAGCACCCUGGCGGCGGCUUGGCGCCGUCAACAGGUGCGGCUCAUGGGCGCGGAUUCUUGGAGCAGACUCGCAGGGCCAGCGUCGACGUGCAUACUGGUCUUGCGACGGCUUGGGUGGUCGUGGCCAGCGUGGCACGUUUUCGUGACGCGGGACGGGCGCGAGCUGGACCUCCGGCAUUGUUGCCCCGUUGACGUCAAGGCCAUGGCGUUGAAGGAUAGCGAGGCCGUCCUGCGGUCGGAAUGGAUCGCCGCCGAUCCGGCCCGAGCGUCGCUCCAGCCGGCCCCCUUCAUCGACCCGCUGCGCACCUGGUUCGCGCGGCACCUGCGUCGGUGGAGCGGCGGCGCCUCCGCUGCGGCGCAGGCGGUGGCAGCGGGGCCUUGGACGCAGCACCGGGCGUACGAGGCAGGGGCCGCGGCGACGCCAUG